AUGAAAGUAUUAACCACAUUAUUUAUUGUUAUCUUGGGGUUUAAUUGCUUUGUGAGAAGUGAAUUUCCAGAGUCCAAAUUAUUGGACCAUAUAUGCAAUGGUGAUACGUAUGACAAAAAUGGUCCAUUUGCAAAAAGCUUGUAUUAUGUUCUUGUAUCGUUAACAAAUGAGACUCCACGUCAAGGUUAUGAUUACUAUGUAAUAUCUCCUUAUCCUAAUGAUGCUAUAGCUUAUGGUCAUGCUACGUGUAGUUCAAAUGUAGCAUAUUCAGAUUGUGAUACUUGUGUAAAACUUUCAAGGUCAUUCUUGAUGACUACUUGUGAUGGUAGUAUUGGAGGUCAAGUCGAAUUUGUUGAUUGCUCAAUGAGAUAUGAACAGUACUCAUUCAACUAA